UUCUUUUUUCUAGCAUGACUUGUUUUUCUAAUUCUCUUGAUUUAGGUCUGGAGUCAAUCUCGGUCUGAGCUCCCAGGAUCUUGUCACCAUGGAGACUGAAAGUGAACAGAAUUCCAGUUCCACCAGUGGGAGCUCCAGUUCUGGAGGAAGCAGCCGCCCUCAGAUAUCACAAAUGUCUCUGUAUGAGCGACAGGCCGUACAGGCCCUUCAAGCACUCCAGAGACAACCUAAUGCAGCCCAGUAUUUCCAUCAGUUUAUGCUCCAGCAGCAGCUUAAUAGUGCCCAGUUCCACAGCUUGGCUGCUGUCCAGCAGGCUACAAUUGCAGCCAGCAGACAGGCCAGCUCCCCCAACACCAGCACCCCACAACAGACCACCACUACCCAGGCCUCUAUCAACCUAGCCACCACGUCAGCUGCACAGCUGAUCAGUCGCUCUCAGAGUGUGAGCUCCCCCAGCGCCACAACCCUCACACAGUCUGUGCUCCUUGGGAACACCACCUCACCGCCUCUCAACCAGUCCCAGGCCCAGAUGUAUCUCCGGCCGCAGCUGGGGAACCUGUUGCAGGUAAACCGGACCUUGGGCCGCAAUGUUCCUCUUGCCUCCCAACUCAUCCUGAUGCCUAAUGGGGCCGUGGCUGCUGUCCAGCAGGAAGUUCCACCCACCCAAUCUCCUGGGGUCCAUGCAGACACAGACCAGGUGCAGAACUUGGCUGUGAGGAGCCAGCAGACAUCAGCCACUAAUGCCCAGCUCCAAGGUUCUGCUCAGAAGGCAGCUGUGCCAGGAAACUCCCAGCCUUCCGGCCUACCACAGGCCACAAAUACAGGCCAGACAUUGGCAGUGGCUCAGGCUUCUUCUGGCAACACAGGCCAGUCCCUCAACUUGAGCCAGGGGGCCACAGGCAGCAAUAGUGUCUCUGGGGGUGUGGUGGCAAGCAGUGGGAACCAGACCUCAACAGGACUGAGCCAGGCAUCCUCAGCAGGCGCUCCUGGUAGUUGCCAAAGGAAAGGCACAGGGGUGGUUCAGCCAUUGCCAGUAGCAGCUGCCCAGGCAGUGACUGUCAGUCAGGGAAGCCAAACAGAAACAGAGAAUGCAGCCACAAAGAAGUGUGAAGCAGACAGUGGUGGACAGCAAACAGUGGGCAUGAACCUGACCAGGACAGCUACACCAGCACCUAGCCAGACGUUGAUCAGCUCAGCCACAUAUACACAGAUCCAGCCCCACUCGCUGAUACAGCAGCAGCAGCAGAUCCACCUGCAGAAACAAGUAGUGAUCCAGCAGCAGAUUGCCAUUCAUCACCAGCAGCAGUUCCAACACGACCAGUCCCAGCUCCUCCACACAGCCACCCAUCUCCAGCUGGCUCAGCAGCAGCAACAGCAGCAAGCACCAUCUCUAACUCAACAGCAGCAGCAAGCUCAACCCCCACAGCAGCAAGCUUCAUCUCAAAACCAGCAGCAAGCUCAGACCCUUGUGGUGCAACCUAUGUUGCAGUCCCAGCCACAGCCUGUUCAUCAGCAGGACAGCCCUUGCCAGCCAGGCACCAAGUCACCUAUUCCAAUUCAGUCAAAAGCUCUGGUCACCUCCAUCAAACCGCCUCAGCUUGGGCCUGCCAAAAUGUCAGCAGCACUGCAGCCUCCACCACAUAUCCCAGUGCAGGUGGUGGGUACACGGCAGCAGGGCUCAGGACAAGCUCAGGCACUGGGUUUGACUCAGAUUGCUGCAGCAGUGCCCGCCUCCCGGGGUAUGCCAGCUGUGGUCCAGCCUGUUUCCCAAGCCCACGCUUCUUCCCCAUCAUCCGCUCCGGCAUCUUUGCAGGAAGCUCCUCCUCUCACCACAGGGGUAAAUUUGGCACAAGUUCAAGGUACAGCCCACAUGGUGAAGAGCACAGCCUCCUCUCCAGUUGUGGCUCAGAUGCCAGCAGCAUUCUACAUGCAGUCUGUCCAGUUGCCAGGCAAGUCUCAGGCCUUAGCUGUGAAGCGCAAGGCAGAGUCAGAGGAGGAGAAGGAAGAAUCACCCAGUGUAAAUGCAGUUCUGCCUGCUAGGUCUUCUCCUGUGACAGACAGCCCCAAAAACAUGGAUGAGAAGAGUGGCCUUGGAGAUAAAUCCGAUUCCGCUGCCAGUGCAACCUCAAAUACCACUUCAAGUGAAGCAAGAUCAGUCACACCCACGUCAGCUCCCACCCCAAACCUGGCAAUGGUGUCACGUCAGACAGGAGACUCCAAACCCCCACAAGCCAUUGUGAAGCCCCAGAUUCUCACACACAUCAUAGAGGGCUUUGUCAUCCAGGAAGGAGCAGAGCCUUUUCCAGUUGGUUGUUCUCAGCUACUGAAAGAAUCUGAGAAACCACUGCAGGGAGCCCCUCCCUCUGGACAGAGUGAAAACCUGUCCAGCAAUUCCCCAGGAGGGGACAGUGCUUCUAUGGAACUUGAUAAGAAGGCGAGCUUGCUGAAGUGUGAAUACUGUGGAAAGUAUGCCCCAGCCACCCAGUUCCGUGGCUCCAAGAGGUUUUGUUCCAUGACCUGUGCUAAAAGGUACAAUGUCAGCUGCAGCCACCAGUUUCGGCUGAGAAAGAAGAUGAAGGAGUUCCAGGAAGUUAACUAUGCUCGCGUGCGGCGACGGGGACCACGGCGCAGCAGCUCUGAAAUUGCUCGAGCAAAGAUCCAGGGCAAGCGCCACAGGGGCCAAGAAGAUUCCAGUCGAGGCUCUGAUAACUCCAGUUAUGACGAGGCUUUAUCCCCUACAUCUCCAGGGCCCCUCUCAGUGAGGGCCAGUCAUGGAGAGAGGGACCUGUCCAACUCCAGUAUGGCCCCACCUACCCCAGACCUACAUGGCAUCAACCCAGUCUUCUUAUCCAGCAAUCCAAGUCGUUGGAGUGUAGAGGAGGUGUCUGAGUUCAUUGCAUCCCUGCAAGGUUGCCAGGAGAUUGCUGAGGAGUUUCGGUCACAGGAAAUUGAUGGCCAGGCGCUACUGCUCCUCAAGGAGGAACACCUCAUGAGUGCCAUGAACAUCAAGCUGGGACCAGCUCUCAAGAUUUGUGCCAAGAUCAAUAUCCUCAAGGAGACCUAAAACAGCUCUGAAGCCUUUUUGCUCUGACCACAGUGCAGCUCCUAGCUUUGGAAUGUCUUGCUUGGG